CAAUGAAUGAUAUAGUAUGUUAAGGUCACUUGAGAUUUAUACGAAUAUAUCAUAUACGAUCAGCUGUUCGUGCUGUGUUACAUUUCAUCAAAACUGUGUUACUGUAUGGUUGCCAAACUGUAUUUCAAUAAAAACAUACGAUGGAUGUGUAUAGAAACAUAUUAUGUUUGUAUUUGUUGGUUGUCAUUACUCAAACUGUGGUGAAAGCAAGGUCCAUUAUUUCGAACCGAGACUUGGAAAAGCUAGAGACAGCAUUGGAAACAGAAAUAGAUGAUGCCUUUGAAGUUUUACGGGAAAUAAAACAUAUCAGAAAUAAAGUGAAGCGUAGCAGGCGCCAUUCAGAAAACAACGGCAAUUCUAAUGUCAGAACCAGACGGAACUAUGUAAAUAGAAAAACUCUUCUAGUCCUAAGAUGUCAACACUUAAAGGCGAAUGGACACUGGCCGUCAUAUUGUGAGCGUAUUCUUGGAAAUUCCGCUGGCGACAACACAGAUAUAAUUGAUUCUCCCGAUACAUAAUCCAAUGGAUCGAUACAUGAACCGAUGGAUCGAUACAUAUACCGAUGGAUCAUCCGUCAUUUUUUUUUAUGGUAUUGGUUAAAAGACAAUAAGACAGUACAAACGGGACUUUAUGAUAUUGUGUUCAUACUGUGUAUGUGUAUGACUUGUGGCCUUGGAUAACUGUAUUUAUCAGAAUGAAAGAUGUGUAUUCUUUGUCAAGUAUAACAUUUGAUGGUAUGAUGUAACUGUAUGAGAGUGUUAAUUCAAAAAAUAUCUUAUGAAUGGAAUAUCUUUGUGGUUCUAUCACAAGGUUACGCUUGGUCAUGUUUAACAUUCGUAAUUCCGGAAUCUCGUAAAUAUUCAUAGAAUCUACUGUUAAAGAAAAUUUAAAGUUAUCCUUUUGUCUUUUUUUUCAAAAUACAAAUUUCAUAAUCCAACAAAAAAAUGGAAACUUCACUUGCUUAAAUAAAGGUGAACUAUAUUUCUUACUUAAUUACAUAAAAAAAUAACGAUUUUUUUUUACCAUACAAUGAUUCUAUUGGGGGUAUAUUUCAGCAUGAGAGUUUAUUAGCAUCUAAAUGAUUUAGAUUGUUCAAAGUCUGAAUGCAUGACAGCUGAAUAUUUAAUGAAUAUGUAUGUGUGUAUUAUCACUUCAUGUUAAAGCAUGUGUCUUAUAAUCGCUUAAAUUUAUUUAUUUAACCAUCUAUGCUGAAAACAUUUUUUUAGCGAAGCAACUUCUCAUAAGAAACCCACAACUUCGUCCUUUGUUGCUUUAAAAUGUUUCAAUUGAAUUGUAUCUGUUGUGAAAAUCUUUUCCUAAAUCAAGAAUUAUCUCCAUCUUUAAAUAUAUGAACGUUCUUUCCAAAGUUCUGAACUGGGGUCUACAGUUGA